CAGAAAUUCAUUCCGAAAAACACAAACACAGCCUUGUUCGCUCAAUGUAGACUCCAACCACUCCGACCAUUUCAACCUCACUCCUCCUGAGUAACCUUACAACAAACUAUCCUUAAAUAAGAGCGCUAACCCAAUGGAUAUUCCUCCGAAGCUUCGCUCACGUACAAUGCAAACUCAAUUCUACAAAAUUCGUGGCGAACAGGCCUCCCAUACCAAGGGGGUUUCGAAGUUCUGGUAUGAAACUUGACAUGUCUGAGCACCGGGGUCAUGGCAGCGUGGCAUGCUUCAGGUCGCCGAGCCUCGCCAUCACCAGCACCAAAGCCAUGUCGCAGAUGCCCAGCCUCUCACCACCUUGAGACCAAUAUCCCGGAAAUUUGCAAAUGUCGUACAAUGCUACUGGUGGAUCUCGUUCUCACGAAGCUCAAAAAUAUGCGCUGCCAUGCGGACAGGCCUCGCCAGAGCGCGAAGUCUAACGUACUAGAUCCCACUACUUACUCAAUCGGCCUUCUCAUUUGCCCUCAUACCCUUCCAUAAACAGGUGAGCGAACUGUUGACGCUGGCGGGGAAGUCUGCCCCACAGCCCAGGACCAAAGCCACCUGCACGGCUCCUGUGUGUUUCUUAAUCUUACGUCUACCCGAGCACAUCUCUUACUUGGCUGCUCUCCUUCUUUUCCUUCUUGUUUCUUCGAUCUCUUCUUUCUCGCCAUUAAUCUUCAAUUUUGCUUGCCGCAAAGUGCCGGACACGCAUACUACGCUCUUUAUCUAAUCGCGGCUGGUCUCUCGACUUCACACUCACUCAUUCUUUUAUUUAAGCUGCAACUUAAUUCGUCCUCAAUAUGCGCAAUUCAGUGGUCCUCUCGAUUCUCCUCGGCCUCUUGGCUGUUGCUCAAGCUGACACUCUCGACUCUCAUGUCCGUCUAAAUUUUGGGAAGAUACAGAGUGUGCUCCCGAGGAACGAGGAUGGGAACAAAAAUGGGAAGGCCAGCAAACCUAAAAUCGACGCUCAAGAGUUGGCGGCCACAUCAGCCAUAGAUACCGGUGAACCAUGCGAGCACCAAACCACUGUCAUCGUCACGGAGACUGCAGCAGGCGCGGCGGCCGCAGUGGUGACAGGUCUCAAUUCUGGCAGUAGUCAAAAUAAAACUGUCAGGGAUACCAAGAACAACAAUAAGAAUCAAGACCAGAAUGACAAUGACAGGACGGGGAACAAGAACAAGGGAUCUCAGAAUGGUCAAGAGAAGGAUCAAGGAAAUGUGGUGCAAAUCUUGACAGUUGACAUCAGCGGAAACAACGGGAACAACGACGCACAUGCCCAGGGCAAUGAUAAAACGGUCACUGUCCAUUCCCAGGGCAAUGAUAAAACAGUCACUGGCACUAAGACACAGGUGAUCGGCAAUGGCAAGGCCAACGGGAACAACAACGCACAUGCCCAGGGCAAUGAUAAAACGGUCACUGUCCAUGCCCAGGGCAAUGAUAAAACAGUCACUGGCACUAAGACACAGGUGAUCGGUAAUGGCAAGGCCAACGGGAACGAGAACCAAAGCCAGGCGGUACAACUCUCCUUCGUCACUGAGACUGUUUUUGGUGCCGGCAAUGCGCCAACUGUCACAAUCACCCCAAUUGCGCAGAUAGUCACACAGCACGUCACCAUCACUGAAAAAGGAGGGGCAGCAGAGGCCGUCACCGUCACAAUGCAAGCUCCGCCAGUCACAAUUACCCAACAAGCAGCGGCCGCCGCUGUUGUUGCACCGAGUACAGUUACUGUCACCGAGCCGGGUGUUUGCACGACAACCAAUGGUCUCGCCGCAGCGUCUCCAGUCGCCAUUGCUCAACCCUCCGCAGCAAUAGUUGCCGCCGAAGCAGCUCCAUCUCCCGUCUCGACCGGUGCUGGCAAUGGCAUGGGAAUCCUCGAUGCCAACGGCGUCUGCAGAAGCUGCCAUUGUCUCUGUAACGCCCAGGAUUUCCUAAGCGCAAGUGUACAAAUCGCAGCGCCAGUCGUUGGUGCCAACGCAGCGGCGAGCGCAAUGACGACGCUACAGACGGUAGUUACUGUCGCCGCGCAGGCUCCUUCAACGAACGCGGUAGCACAAGCUGACGCCGGAAUUCCGUUCCAGCCGGGAGCCGAUACUGCAGUGGCUGCAGCUCAAUCGGAUACUGCUCUAUCCCAGGUAGCACAAGGAGCUGCAUUGAGUAAGCCCGAUGCUGCAACUACCACAGAUGUUUCGAGCCAGUCAACAGUUAUAGCAGUUGUGGACACAGCAACUCAAGACGCCGCAGCCACGACAGCGGCCCAACCUUCUAUCUCAGAGAGCGCGGCGGAUGUAUUCGCAGAAAACGCGCAGUCACCAACGGCAACGACGGAUGCGGGUGCGGAGUCAACUACCGCAACAGGCACUAACUCUGCCGUCACCCUUGCACCACCUGUUCCUGGUGCUCUAGCGGUCAAUAAUGGCGGCGGGCCACCAAGGCCCAUCGAUAUCAACACGUAUACGCUCGCAAGCGCGAUAGCGCUGGGACACCUCAGGAGGAGAUAGAUUUUCUUGGUGGCGUGGCGUUUGAGUGUUUGAGUGUUUGAGUAUUUUCCCACUUGAGGUUCUAGCUGUAGAGUAGAUCGAAUUGAUACCACCUUGUUUCUUUCGAGAUACUUCGUGGUCUAUGUAGAACUCGGUUCUUGGAAGCUUUGUGACUCGUGAUGUUGGUUAUAACUGUGAGAGGUGCCAUCUUGUUAUAUAAUUCGCGCUGCCUCUAUAAAUUCCCUACUCAUGAGGUAACGCUGUCCUUUGACGGUGUUGCUGGUCCGGGAGUCGCCUCUUUGCUCGCCUUCAAGGCUUCCAUCUUCAACUUCUUCACCUUUCUCUUGCUCAUCGUCGGCACAGCCUCCUCCGCUUGCUCAUUCUUCCUCUUCCCAUUAACUUGACCAUUCGCUGCUUCCUUGCUGCUUGCCUUCUCACUCUCUGGCUUGCGCCCUCCAUCCACAACAUCAACCACACCUCUAAACCCCGUCCUCUUGAUCGUCUCAUUCACCACAACAGAUCUCGGGUUUAUCGUCUGCGCCUCCACUGCCCGUUCUCCGCUCAGCCCCCACACCGCCAACAAAUUUCCCACAUCAGCCGGCGCACGCACGCCCAGCACGCUUCGCGCCU